CGCACGACGUGCUCACACUUUCGUGACGCGGACACGCAGCGCGCCUUGGUUUAAAGUCCCGGGAACAGAACCCGGUGGAGAACCCGGUGGAGGACUCGGGGACACGUCGUGAGACCGGGGACAUGUCCACAGACAGCAUGCCUCUGCAGGACCUGCCCUGCCUCAGCCUCCAGGGCUCCAUGUUGUGUCAGAGGACGAUCAAGCGCCGGUCCAGAUGUGGAGCGAGCGAGGGCCUGGAUGCAGAGUGCACCCCCACAGAGCUCAUCCAGCUGUGCUCCCCCAAACACAAGCUGCAGCGGCUCUGCAGCAGAGACAAAGAGAACGAGUGUGGAGCCUUCGUCCUGGCUCGCAGGUCGAGGAGGAAGAAGGAGUCUUCAUCAGGAAUUUCGUGGGACCAUUUACCAGACGAGCUGCUUCUCAAGAUGCUCCUCUUCCUCCCUCUGCAGGAGCUGCUCCGGAUGUCCACCGUCUGCAAGCGCUGGCACCGACUAGUGUUUGACGAGUCCCUGUGGCACAGCGUGGACCUGGAGGGGCUGACCCACGGGGGCGCGGCUCUGCAGCAGGUUCUGACCACCGGCGUCCGCAGGCUGCGCUGCCCUCGCUCCUUCGUGGAAGAUCUCGUCUUCACGGCCUCCGGGUGCGUCCAGCAGACAGAGACGCUCGGUCCUGGUUCUCUUCUGGUCCAACACCUCAUCCCGCUGCAGAUCGUCCAGUUGGACCUGUCCAGCUCCGUCAUCCCCACCUCGGCUCUGGAGAGCAUCGUGUGUCGGUGCAGGAUGUUGGAGUAUCUGAGUCUGGAGGGGCUGCAGCUGUCAGACGCCAUCAUCAGCUCUCUGGCGGUGAACGUGAACCUGCUGCAGCUCAACCUGAGCGGCUGCUCUGGCUUCUCUGCUGCCGCUCUGGCCGACAUGUUGAGCUCCUGCUGCAGGAUGGAGCAGCUGAACGUGUCGUGGUGCGAGUUCACCGGUGAUCACGUGAAGAGCGUCGUGAGGAACCUCAGCUCCAGCGUCACGCAGCUCAACCUCAGUGGUUACAGAGAGAGUCUCUCGCUCGACGAUGUGAAGGUGCUGGUUGGGAGAUGUCCUCAAAUUCAGACUUUAGACUUAAGUGACAGCACCCUGCUGAUGGCCGACAGCUUCCCUGUGCUCGCUCAGCUCAAGCGUCUGCUGCAUCUGUCCCUGAGUCGCUGCUACCACAUCCACCUCGCCGCCCUCACGGACCUGGGGAAGACGUUCCCCCUGCUCGGCCUCCUGGACGUCUUUGGCCUGGUGCUGGACGGCCACCUGCCGUCUCUGAAGAAAGAGCUGCCGCGCGUCAGCAUCAACUCGCGGCCGUUCUCCAGCGUGGCCCGGCCCACGCCCAGCAGCCGGCUGCCCGGCGCCCUCAGCGAGCGCACCAUGUGGAGCAGCUUGUGUCGGCUGAGGUUCAGGCCGCAGUGAUCCCGUCCUCAGGGUCAGAGGACGCAGCAGUACGUCCACACAGGGAGUCGGCCUGAUGUGACGGAGCAGUUUGACCCGACGUUCACGGGUCAAAGGUCACAGACAGGACCACGGCGCUGACCACGCCGGGGGAAACGCCUUCAUCCAGAACGUUGACCCCGUUGGUGUUUUAAUGAAUUCACAGAAUGUUUUAUGAAUGUUGGGCCAGUUGGACCUCAGCAGCAGGUGAUCAGAAUAGUUUUAAUGUUUGAUCUGUGGAUCUUCUUAAUGACGCUCACUGUUGAACUGAGAUCAUUCGUUAUGUUUCACCCUCCAGGGGAUUUUAGAUCAUCUCAUUAUGUCAGUGGAGAUUUGUUCCACUUUACCAUUUGAUUCAAAACUCCUGCAGUGAAAUCAAUGAAAGUUUGAACUUGUAAACUGUUCAUUUGAAGUAAAUCACUGAAUUACACUAAAACCUUCUGG